CAGGCCGAGGGCUCGGGCUCGGGCUCGGGCUCGGUGAGGCGGGGGGGCGCCGCCGGCGGCGGGGGCGGCCCCGCGGGCCUCGGGACGAUGACUCUGGAGUCCAUGAUGGCGUGUUGCCUCAGCGACGAGGUGAAGGAAUCCAAGCGGAUCAACGCCGAGAUCGAGAAGCAGCUGCGGCGGGACAAGCGGGAUGCCCGGCGGGAGCUCAAGCUGCUUCUCCUCGGCACUGGAGAAAGUGGAAAGAGUACAUUUAUUAAACAAAUGAGGAUAAUCCAUGGUUCGGGCUACUCUGAAGAAGACAAGAGAGGUUUCACCAAGUUGGUCUACCAGAACAUCUUCACUGCCAUGCAGUCCAUGAUCAGGGCUAUGGAGACCCUGAAGAUUCUUUAUAAGUACGAGCAGAACAAGGCCAAUGCACUGCUGAUUAGAGAGGUGGAUGUUGAAAAGGUCACAACAUUUGAGCAUCAAUAUGUAAGUGCAAUUAAGACUUUGUGGAAUGACCCUGGAAUCCAGGAGUGUUAUGACAGGAGGCGAGAAUAUCAGCUCUCCGACUCAGCCAAAUACUACCUAACUGAUGUUGACCGUAUUGCUACCACUGGGUAUUUACCCACCCAACAGGAUGUGCUGCGGGUUCGAGUCCCCACAACUGGGAUCAUAGAAUACCCUUUCGACCUGGAGAACAUCAUCUUUAGAAUGGUGGAUGUUGGUGGACAGAGAUCAGAACGAAGGAAGUGGAUACACUGCUUUGAAAAUGUGACAUCCAUCAUGUUUUUAGUUGCUCUUAGUGAAUAUGACCAAGUUCUAGUGGAGUCUGACAAUGAGAACCGAAUGGAGGAGAGUAAAGCCCUGUUCCGGACCAUCAUCACUUAUCCCUGGUUCCAGAAUUCCUCAGUAAUCCUCUUCCUCAACAAGAAGGAUCUGCUGGAAGAUAAGAUCCUAUACUCCCACCUGGUGGACUAUUUCCCCGAGUUUGAUGGACCACAGAGGGAUGCCCAGGCAGCCAGGGAGUUUAUCCUCAAGAUGUUUGUGGAUUUAAACCCAGACAGCGACAAAAUCAUCUACUCUCACUUUACAUGUGCCACAGACACGGAGAACAUCCGCUUCGUCUUUGCUGCUGUCAAAGACACCAUCCUACAGCUCAAUCUGAAAGAAUAUAACUUGGUCUGACCCUGCUUUCUCCCCUAAGAGGCCUCAACGUGAAGAAAAGACCAAAAAAAAAUUUUUUUGAAAAAAAAAUUACAGGAAAAAUAUCUUUACUUUUUAAUGAUGUAAUGAUUGCCAAUUGUCUGAUCUGUGGAGUGGCGAAUUUUGCUCAGUGUUACCUUGGAUCUCAUGUCUCUGUCCACAGGAGUAGUUGAUUUUUUUUUCAUAUUUUUAACAAAUGGCUUUUAUUUCACAGUUAUCAGGGGAUACACUUCACUCUUCUCCACACCUUGUGCACCUCUUCACCUUUUGCCAACAGCAAAGGCGGCCUUCUCGUGGGCUCGAUUUUUUGUCGCUCGCUUUUUUAAAAAAAAAAAA